UUGGACCGCCGCUGCGGAGGGCAGGCGUUAAUUCAGCCUCGCUGCCUGGCGGUAGUUGCAUCUAGCAGCCGUAGGCCGACAGAAACAAUAGGGCAAGUCAGGCUGACAGAGGUACUGACGAAGCAGACAGAAGCACCAGCAAAGUGAUAUUAUUAUGCGUCGCUGUGCAUAUUGGCAACAAAGCGUUGAAUCUGCACUAUUCAGAGAUACGAUUUUGCACAUAAAACCAGACCAGUCCUGUAACGGUUUAUCCAGCUAUACAAUUAAAGUUUCUGCUGAACGGAAUGACAGCACCAGCUAUUGCAUGCAGCGCAAUCUGAGAGGAACAACAGCAGUCACCAGAUCCCUGUGCUCCAGGCAUCUCUCCCAGGCAGAAUGAGCUCCUCUCCCCAUGGGUCCCACGGGUCUGGGUCCCGCGCCUCCAACGACAUCCUGGAGGAGCUGCAGCUCAUUGCUGCCCAGAACCUGGAGAAGCUAGACAUCAGCAAGUACUAUGAGGUCAUCAGGGAGCUGGGUAAGGGCACCUAUGGGAAGGUGGACCUGGUCAUCCACAAAAUCAGGGGCACUAAGAUGGCUCUGAAGUUCUUGAGGAAGAAAACAACCAAACUGAAGAGCUUCUUAAGGGAGUACAGCAUCUCUCUCUACCUGUCUCCCUGCCCCUUUAUCAUCAACAUGUUCGGCAUUGCCUUUGAGACAGACGACUACUACGUCUUCGCUCAGGAGUAUGCCCUGGCAGGAGACCUCUUCGACGUCAUUCCCCCUCAGGUGGGUCUUCCAGAGACGGUGGCUAAGCGUUGUGUCCACCAGGUGGCCAUCGCCCUGGACUACCUGCACUGUAAGAAGCUAGUCCACCGGGACAUCAAGCCUGAGAACAUCCUCAUCUUUGACAAAGAGUGCCGUAAGGUCAAGCUGUCAGACUUCGGCAUGACGCGGCGUGCCGGCUCCCCAGUGAAGCGUGUCAGCGGAACCAUCCCGUACACGGCACCGGAGUUGUGUGACGCCUCGCAGCACGAGGGCUUCUGCGUGGACUACAGCACUGACGUGUGGGCCUUCGGUGUCCUCCUCUUCUGCAUGCUCACCGGCAACUUCCCCUGGGAAAAGGCCCUGCCGUCAGACGCCUUCUAUCAGGAGUUUGGGCGCUGGCAGCAGCGCCGGACGGGCACGGUGCCCUCUCAGUGGCGACGCUUCACAGACGAGGGGCUGCGCAUGUUCCGCAGGCUCCUGUCCAUUGAGCAGGAGCGCCGCUGCUCCGUUAAGGAGGUUUUCAGCUACUUCAACCACCACUGGAUGCUGGACAAUGAGCCGGGCAGCAGCAGCGUUGCGGGAGGAGGGUCAGUGGGCAGUGGGCCCCAGGUGGAGCUCAGCUCGUCGUCAUCUGAAGAGGAUGUACUGGUGGACAGGCUAAAGCAGCAGAGCCUGAUAGAGCCCAUGGGCGGACACUACUCCUCCACCGGCUCCCCCUCCACCACCAGCAGCUACGAACGUGUCUCCCGUGACAACGGAGGGGCCGGACGCAUCUUGGUGGCCACGCCCAUUGAAAUUUGUGUGUAGAGAUUGGCUAUGUGCACACACAUACACACACUGUAUAAACACUAACGUACGAAGGUCAAAUAACAGAGAACAAUCUUCCUGGUUAAAGGAAGAGGUGAAAGAACAGCCUGGUCUCAUAGACUAGAAGUAACAUAGUAAAUGUAAAUCCUCGACACUGAAAUGAUUAUGAUAUGUUAUUUUUUUGUAGGUUACAUAAGACAGGUGGUUACUUAAGGAAAAAACGAAAGUAGGGUGGUUGGUCGGGCGUAUAACUCGAAUGUCUAGCAACCCAGAGGUUUGCAAAUUUAAAUCUCAUCACGGACAACUCUAGCAACUUUUCAACUACUUACUAGUUUUUAGCAACUUACCAUGCUAGCUAACCCUUCCCCUAACCCUGACCCCCAGCAUAGCUAACAUUAGCCAGCUAGCUAAAGUUAGCCACCUAGAUAAAAUUUGUAACAUAUAGUACGUUUUGCAAAUUCAUAACAUAUUGUAUGUUUAGAAAAUUUGUAACAUAUAAUACGAAAUGUAAUUCGUUAUAUAUCAUACAAAAUGGGUGAUGGACAUCCACAAAUUAUACAUACCAUACGAAACGAAACGUAGCAUAUCAUGCUAAAUGGAGUGGCACGGAUUUAUGUACAGAGUAAUACGAAAUUCUCUGAGACCAGGUUGGGGAGAAAGGAAGAUGAGGAAAAAUGAUGGUUGGUGCUUGAAGGAGGUGGUUGUUUCACUAUAGAUUCUGACAGACAAUUCCUAUUGACGAUUAACUCUGAGGGAAUGACAAAAGACAAUCACAACCAGUACUGAUUACUGAACAGAUGUGUGGGCGUCUGCAGGCAUUUAUUGAUGUAUUGUACUGUAGCUAUAUUCAGACUAAAAUGUACAACAAGAUCGGACAGAGACAACAAACAUGUGAAGGACAAAACAAGCUUUUACAGAAUAGCAACAUAAUGUCCUAGUAAGUUGUAUUGGAGCUCACCAGAUCCUAUCGUAAAGCAAUAUGUUCAAAGCAACUUCUCUGCAAAAAUGACUUCUCUGAUAAAUGGCUCAUGGAAUAAAUUAAACCAUUUUGAAUCUGCUGUAGUUGCAUCAGUAAAAGAUCAUUGGAGAGUGUAAAAGUUGGCUGUCAUUGUGACUUUUACCAUAGUGCAAUGUGAACCAUUGGUACUAUCGUGUGUUUGUAUUGUAUACCCUUAUGUUCUGUGGGUAUAAGAGCUUUAUGUAAUGUAGUUUUUGUUAAUAUUAUUUAUUUGAGUCCUUGAUUUCUGAACAUAUAUUGUUUCUAUUUAUUUUAUAAAGUAGCAUUAGAGAUUUGACUUUUUUGAUACUUGACGUUUGCCAGUGUUUUACUGCUAGUGCAAUUUAGCAGCUAUUUUGAAAAGGGAAACUGCAUUUGACCUUCCCCCAUAGCAAUGUCAUAUAAUCCCAUG